AUGGAGCAAGAGACUAGCCUGUUGCAAAAGUCACUCCGCACAUCGCGAGCAUGUGACAGAUGUCGCCGCCAGAAACUCAAGUGCGACAGCUCACGUCCUUGUGUGCUGUGUGCUCGCGCUGGACAUAAAUGUGAGACAUCCCAGCGCACAGCAAGACGGACUCGCAGACAAAAUCCAGGAGGCAGAGAUCUGCAUGUGAAUUCUGGAGUACACAAAGCAAUCGCACCAGCGACACGCAAAAAUUCUAAUUUUAUCCAUGGCGUUGGAGGAGCCGAUAUACCUUAUGCCACAGAGAGCUCAACAUCAUAUCCGGAACGCUCUCCGAAAGAGCCGCAGUCUGGUGCUAAUGCUUCUGCGAUUGACUUCGCCAGACGAGUCUUCAACGAGGAAGAAGCUGGCCGGACUCUGACAGGUGCAUCAAUCCCUGGUGAUACGGGAGCUCCUACAUUGGACAACUCAUUAUGGCAUUUGACGGAGGUAGAGCUUCCCCCAGAGGCGGUGAUGUUGGCCUUGAUUGACGCCUAUUUCGACCGAAUGCAAUGGUUCAUCUUGCUGUUCCACGAGCCUUCGUUCCGGCAGACUGCACGCAGGAUAAUUUCCCAAACUUCAUGGAGACGCCAAGAUCUCAGUCCUACCAUGGCUGUACUGGCAGUGGCUAUGAUUGGGCUGCAUUCUGUGUUACCAGAUCAGAGAUGGCCUGGACACGAAUUGUUGCGAGAACACUCCGUUGACGGGGAGAAGUUGAUGCACGGUUUGGUCAGUGAGAUACGACGGAAUCUGCUCGACAUCUCAAUCGAUUGUCGAAUUGAAGCUGUCCAGGUUUGUCUCUUGGUGUCCUGCUAUUAUGUUUAUCAUAAUUCGCCGAGUAUUGCCUGGACUGUUUCUGGUAUGGGUGUGAGGUCUGCCUAUGCCCUUCGUCUUUAUACUAAAUCAGCCCAAUGUGAAAAUCCAGUUGUGGAUGAGAUUCGCUCUCGUUGUUGGAAUCAUGCUAUUGUCAGCGACACGUUUGCAUCUAUCGUCUAUGGGCGACCUUCAUCUAUUGACACUGGACUUGUUGCUUUGCAUUCGCUCAGAGAUAUGGAUGACCUAGUCAUUGAUCCACUCCUGCUGAAGAAUGAAUGGAUAUCUGGCGAUGGAAUGCCAACAACGACAGCUAGGUUUUUCACUAUGAAAUCUGAGAUCUACAACAUCAUUCGACACAUUCUUUCGCGGUUUCGUCGUCUUCAAUUAAGAAAAGAGACAAUAGAAGAGGACCUUCUGGCAAUUGCAGAAGCUACACAAGACUCAGAGGAACAAUUAGUCUCCUGGCGGAAAAGGGUUCCUCGGUUGUUCGAUUUCGAGUUUUGGAGCUGCGAAAAUCGCCUCGAGCAGUUCCAACAGCAAAUCAAAGGGUUGCCGCAACGGACUAAAUAUCAAGCUGAAACAAUCAUAUUGCAGGCGGCAACUCUCCAACUGACAUACGAUGGGGCUUUGAUACAAGCCCGUCGACCUUUACUCGAGCAAAAAACCACUAGUUCUUGCUCGCGCUUGGUGGUAGACGCAAUCCACGAGUCAUUGAGAGUGGCUACAGCAGCUGCACUGCGGAUAUCUCGCAUUCCAGUCCUCCGUUUCAAACACCAUUUCGCCGAAUCCUUCGUUUCUCUACAACAAUUUACUGCAGGAGUCAUUCUUUGCAUCCUGCCAACUAGUCAACCGUUUACUACAGCUGCACACGAGGCCAAGGCUGGAAUCAUGCGUAUCAUUCAUGCUAGUGUGGCUUUUGGGCCCCACAAUCGUGUUGCCAAGCAGACUGCACAGCUUCUGACAGAGUUGCUGAAAGUAACUAUCGAGCGAGAGAUGUCCGGUGCCUUGAGAGGGGGACUAGAAACAAAUCUUCCCAGGGAGAUAUCUGAGAGGGGUGCUAUUCCGAGUGUACAACCGGCCCAUAUAGACCAUACUGGGAGUCAUUCGCCACCAUCGCGAGAUGUCCGCGAUCAUCCUCCAAUUCCAACAGCUCACGCACCGCCCCAUUCGAGACAGUCUCCACACAUGUCUCAAGCAAUACAAGACCACAGGGGGGCAAACGACCAACAAGUCCAAGCGCCUAUCGAACCAUCUGACCACCCAUCCGCGAACAUCUUCGAACAACUUGAUGAUACGUUCGGUGCCUUUGGUGAACUCAUGUUCAAUUUGAUACCCGACGACCAAGGUAGGGCUUGGAAUUGGGGACGUACGGUCCCAUAG